AUGCUAGAGAGAACUGCCGCUGGCUUGGAGUCGAGUAACCUCAACAUCCGUCGGGUCCUCUCACGUCCGACAUCGUCAUCCACGCGACUUCCUGGCCCGCCGCGCACAGGUUUCUCGCACGGCCGCGGCUCCUGGCAGAGGCGCUCUGCUUCGACAAGGAAGGCCUCUAUAUCCCGGAACGAGCAGCGACACGACGAUGCCCCCGUCUCCGCCUCAGCCUCCGCUGCUGCUGCCGCUGCUGCCCGGGUCGACGGCCCAGUCGUCCUAGACUUUCUUUACCCGAGACAGACCAAGGUUCUCCUCCGACAGAAUCCUCCAUCCUCGCCCGCCUCGUCCCUGAACCACUCCAGGUAUGGUGCUGGCCGCGUCGGUACGUCGAGGGAUCACCGCCCAUCGUCUUCCUCGGUCUCGACCGCCCAGGCAAUCACGACCGGGUCCUACAGCCAGACGGCUAGCGUCGACGAACACCCCCCUCCUCCUCUCCCGAAGCCGCAGUCAUCGCGGUGGGACGAGGUGACGGUACCGCCCAAGAACGCGUACCCUGUUCACGGAGCCAAGGGCGCUGAUGUGACGGUCGACGCUGCCGAGCUGACGGCUGAACAGGAUGUCCUGCGGGGAGCUUCGUCCAGCCGGCCCGGAAAUGGCGCGACGCUGUCUGAACUUCUUGCCGACGAGGAAGGGCGACUUUUCCACGAUGUCUGGGACAUCUACUGCCGCCUCAGCCCUGCCGAGAGAUCUGCCAUGCAGCCCCUGGUUGUUCAGUACCUCUCACGAUCCCAGAGUGUAGUGGAGACGGGCCGUGCUCUGUCGCUGUUUCGCCAGGUUGACGUUUCACAGUGGGACGACAAGUUCCUGUCAGCCUCGGUCCUUGUCCUCCUCCGUUCAGGGAACCAGGAACGCGCCAUUUCCGUCUUCAAGACUGGGCUUCGCUCCAGCUGCCUUACCGGCGGUCUCGAGUAUCUCCUCAUCGACACGGUCAGCAAGCAGCAAUGGGCCACGCUCCUGGACGUCUGGACGGCGUACUGCAGCAAUCUGGCUCAGGCAGAGCCCAGCAGCAUGCCUCGCGGCUCGCUCCUGGAGCCCAUCGGCUCGCUGCAGAGUCUCGGCGCCCUUUACUUCUCGUUUGAGCGCUACCUUGCCGCCGAUGAAGGCAGGGUCGAACGUUGGCUUGACUUGGACAAGACUUCCAGGCCUGCACUGCGACUUCUUCGCCGCACUUUUGCUACCAAGGCGCUGAGGGAGCCAUGCCCGCCCAGACAGGCAUCAGUCAUCUUGUCAUUCUGGCGCGAUCCCACCAUGUACGAAAAUUAUCUCUGGCGCAUGCUCGACCGAUGGUACACCAAGAAGAUCUCGACAUCGACCGCCCGCAUGCUCGUUGACAUAUACCAAGACUUCAAGUCGCUGCCGGGAGCCAAGCCCUCGGUCGACAUCAUGCGCGGCAUCUUCAAGCUCCAUUACCCCAAUGGCGUCACAGCCUUGGAGGGCCUCUAUCAGGACUGGAUCAAGUCCCGGGGAGAGCUGAGUCUGUGGGGAUUCGAAAAGUUCCUCAAGUUCUUCGCCCACAGGGGAGACGUCAAGCAGGUGCGGGAGCUGUGGAAGCGCUACGUCGAAAUCUUCCCGUGGAAGCUGGAGACUCCCCGUGGCUUCCACAGUAUCAUGAAUGCGUACGCCCAAGCUGGAGACGUAGCAGGUGCCGAGGAGGAGCUGGACCGCAUCAUUAACCACUAUAAGGUGGAGCCGGACCUCGGCAUCUGGAACAUGCUGCUCAAGUGCUAUAUGCGCGCCGAAGACUAUCCCAAGGUGCUGGCUUGCUUUCAGGAAGUGUCCAAGAUGCACAAGCCGGACUCAUUCACCUAUGCACACGUCAUGGCCAUGUGCUCCAAGAAGGGCGACCUCGAGCAGACGAUCCACUUCUUCAAUGAGGCGCAGAAGAACGGGGUGCCCAUCUCCAGAGAGAUGGGACUCGCCCUGGUCGCCGCCUACUGUCACAACGACAAGCUGCUGGACGCGGAGAAGAUCUGCACCGCUCUGGCACAGCGCAAGAUCACGAGCACGGCCGUAUGGAACCAGCUGCUGCUUCACAACGGCAUGCAUGGACGCCUAGACAAGUGCUACGAGCUCCUGAACGCCAUGAAGAGGUACAAUCUCGAAUGGGACCACAACACCAUCUCGCACCUCCUCAACGCCCUCGUUCGCGUCAACCAAGUGUCGCCCGCCUUCCAGGUCGUCCGGGACGCGUCCAAGAACCGCCUGCACGUGCUGCAGCCGGAGCACUUUUCCAUUGUCAUGCUCGGGGCGGUGCGCACGGGCGACCGCCCGACGGCCGAGGCGCUUAUGUCGCUCAUGGAGUCUCUGACCAUGCCGGUCCCGUUCAACGCCAUGGUGGCGUACACCCACGCUGCUCUGCGGGAGGCACCCAACAUGCGACGCACGCCACAGCUGGGGAAGCAGAUAGUCGCAUCGCUGCGCAGACUGGUCGGCGAGCCGGGCAACGACGUCAGGAAGCUGAAGCUUGAGACACGCAAGAUCGGGCGAGCCGUCCAGCUACUUGUCAUGUUCCGCGACUUCACGAGCGUCGAGGAGCUGGUGAACCUGUUCACCGACCUAUUCCCGCAGUACAAGGACGGGGGAGAGGCGCUCCCGCAGGACGUGCUGGCCUCCCUCAUGUUUGCGUACCACCGCGACGGCAGUUACGACUCGGUGAUUGAGCUCUGGGACCAGACGUGGCCGCUGAUCCUGAAGCGCUGCUCCACGCCGGACGGCACGGGCAUCUACCCCGCGCACCAGUACGACGUGACGCGCCUGGUGUACCGGCUGGCCGAGACGUUCCGGGCCAUGGACGACGGCGAGGGACUCCUGGCGUGCGUGGGGCAGGUGACGUCUGCGGGCUUCAAGCUCACGUCGAGCACGUGGGACCGCGUCAUCUGCGGGCUGGCCGACAUGGGCCAGUGGGAGCCAGCGAUGGACUGGUGCGAGACGAUCCUGAUGCCCGAGUGGCGCGGCUGGAACCCGCGGCCCAAGUCGCUCAGCGCGCGACGCGAGGCCCUCAACCCGCGGGCCCUCCAGCCCACGCCGCAUGCCGUCCUCGCCCUGCAGACGGAGUGGCUCGAGAAGCGCCGGCUGGCGGCGUGGUCCGCCGACGUGGCGCGUCGGCUGGCAGACGUCGAGCACCGCUACCCCAUCCUUCACCACGCCUUCACCACAUCAGACUACGGCGACGUCAACAACCCCGGCCCCGAGGCGCCGUGGGUCGUCCGCGGGGACUUGCGGCUCGACCGCGCCAUCACCGACAUCCUCACCCCGCUGCCCUUAUCCGAGCUGCGCGCCAUGCAGAACUCCCUGAGGAGGCGCGAGCGUGCCAUGCACGACGCCGCCGCUGCAGAGACCACCAAUCCCUUUAGGGUACUUGAGGAUGGACGUCGCACUCGGGCAAUGCUGGAAGGCGAAUUGAAACAGCUUCGAUCUGUGUUGAGUCAGAUGCUAUCAAGGAAGAAGGAUGAUUGA